GACGGCGACCGCGAGUGCGAUAUCAAAUGUAAAAAUGUCUGGGUCUGGAAGAAUGCAAUUUGUCAUGCUAAAUCUGAAGCAUGCAAAAAUCUGUGUUGCAUGAUUACCAAAAGUCGUCCAGUUUUGAGCAAGUCGGGAGGGAGUUUCUCAUGCAGGAUAGGCAUGAGAGAGAUCGCACAGAAUCUGUCAUGCUAGGUACUGCAUUCCAGACCUCAUGGGUCAUGGAAAAGCUGCAUGACAAAUCGCGCAUUCUUCCAGACCCAGACACUUUUACAUUUGAUAUGCGACGCGCCGCCCCGAUUUCGUGUGCGAAGCGGAGGCCGAACGGUUGCUGGAACUCGCGAGCAUGAUCCAAAGGAUAUUUGUAGCCACCACGAAACACAAGCCGAAUUAUGGUACAACGAGUACACUGACGAGUUCAUCUUCAUCUCCGUCUUCCAGGGUGGAUAACGAUAAAAAUGCAGGGAAAAAAAUAAAACGAGACCAGGAUCAUCUUCGUCCGCAUGCGCAGUUCGUUCCUGCUGCCGUCGACGAAAUUUGUGCGAAGGAGUACACGACGCGCGCCGAGACGGAGAUCGUCAAGGAUUUGUGGAAGUGCGUACCGCGGGGCGUGGCGGAGCUCCAGAUCCAGGCGCUGUGCCUGACCAAGGACCGGCUGGGCAGCUUGUGGGCGGACCAGGUCUUCCAUGCCGCACUGCAAGACGUGUUUCGCUGGCUGCUAUGCAUUGCAAAUAUGUCUGGGUCUGGAAGAAUGGAACUUGUCAUGCUAAUACUGGAUAGUGCAAAAAUCUGUGUUGCAUGAUUACCAAAAGCUGUCCACUUUUGACCAAGCUGAGAGGGUGUUUCUCAUGCAGACGAGGCAUGAUAGCGGUCGAGAAGAAUCUGUCAUGCUGGGUCAUGUAUGACAGACCUCACGCGUCAUGGAAAACCUGCAUGACAAGUCUUCCAACCUUCCAGACCCAGACAUAUUUGCAUUUGAUAGCUCCGGAUCCACAGCAACUGGCACGAUUUGCUGUUCGCGGACUUUUAUCCUGUGCAAAAGUAUCGUAUUCGUAUGAAUGCAAGUCUUGCAUUACAAAUAUUUUUCUUAAGGUAAAUCAGCAUGACAACUUUUAUUUCUCAUGCUGAAAAAAUUUGUAAUGCAUUCGUACGAGUACGAUACUUUUGCAGUUCAUAACUUUCAGAGGCUGCAUGUAGUGGUGCGGGGAGACAAGGAACAGGGUCCUGGUAGAACGAGUGCG